AUGCCCAUGCCGACUCAACCACACACCAGUGGAAGGCAUUCCAUAUUGACAGGCAAUGGUCAUGCCACUACUCACCAUGUCAAUGGCAUUUCCAACCAUAACUCGGCUCAAUUCGAAGAAGAGGCCCCAGCCUCAAGUAAGGCUCCACUUAAAUAUGCAUUAAAAGACGUUCAUCCAGAUGAUUCCAAAGAUAAAGUAUUUGCCGCGAUCUUGCAGGCAUUGCUCUAUCUUCGAAACAAGCCUUCAUCUCCAAAGGAACUCGCCAACUGUAUCAUGAAAAACAAGUAUACCAUGUUGGGUGGGGCUACUCCCUAUGCUACUGUUUCCUCAAGGAUAUCACAACACUUUAAACGCGCUGCAGAACACAAGCCCCCUCGGACACCCUUAUUGGCAAAGGCCGUUGAUGAACGACAUUCACGCAAGAUCCAUUAUUACCUCGCCCCCAAUCACAUCAUCAAAAACCCUGCUGCAGCCUCAACAGAUCAUGAUUCAUCUUCAGGCUUCUCCAGUAUGAGUUCAGAAGACGAAGGGGAUGCGGAUGACAAUAACAGCAGCAGAGAUAUCACAAACAUACGAAGAAAUGGAAGCAUCAAUGAUGAUGAUGAUGACCCGGAACUUGACCAGGACGAUGAAGAUGACGAAGACGACGACGGCAUUAUGUCCGGUGAUUCUAUGGAACGGAAACAAAAACGCCGACGGCAACAACUGCUUUAUCAACAACAGCAACAUUUGAAUUCCGAUGCAGUACACAAAUCCAGAGGCGUCAUGCGUAAACGCAAGAAGGUCAAGACAUGGGCUGUUACAAAUCGUCCUACAGUCAAGCGAUUCAAGUCUAAACACUCACUCAUCGGUAGCUUCAAGUCUUCUACUCCGACAACGCCAACAAAUUUUCAUACUUCCAAAUGGCGGCCCCCUAAUAAUCAGGAGUAUAGUGAAUCGGAUGAAGGGGAUGAUGAAAGUAUCGAGGAUGAUGAUGAACAGGAUGAUGACGACGACGUUUUUGGCAAGGACGACCUAGUGCUCAUGGAUCUGCAGAUGCCGGAUAUUCAAAAGAACUCACAGCUUCCAACGCCACGAUCUCUAUCCAAUUUUUCGACAACGUCCUCUCAUUCCUCAGUCUCAAAUGCUAUCAAUGCUGCCACUGCGGGGAUGCAUGGGCUUCUGAAUGCUACCAAAGUUCUGUCCUUUGACUCGAAAAAAUCGCCACCCCAUUCAGGUCCUCAAUCUACCUCAUCACUAUCCAAGAUAUCGGGAGGUGCUGUUGCCGCAGGAGAGACUAUGAACGAGUCCAGUGAUGAAGAACAGGAUUUUAGUGAUUACCAUGAGGAAAUGAUGCAUGGUGAUUUCGAGGAUUUGGAGGACGACAAGAAGGCUGAGGAUCGUCGCCCUAGCAUGCGCAGUCAACCCCAAGCUGUGGCCGUCCCUAUCCCCUCCUCCGGUUCUAGAAACUCUGCAGCCUCUGCUUCUUCAUUCGCCACUGGAAAUACGCCCAUAUCACCCUUUAACCAUUUAGCUUCAACUCCAACCUCAAAUUCGUUCCUGAUGAGCAUAUCACCACGCAGUCGAAAGAUGUCGAUGAGUGGUCUAUUGAUGCCACCAGAUUCGCUCCUACUCUCUCCUCGGUCGAACAGUAUCUUUGAUGCAGACUUUGGAGGCAGUUUCAUGAUGGAUUAUUCACAGCAGGACAACUCGACCUCCAAGGAUCACCAGUAUGCUCCGCUGAUGGAGCUCAAUCACCCAGAAUCUAUGCCUGUGUCUGAACUAGAUCGGCUCUUGAGUUCCUCAGCUGGUGGAUCGUUUUACCCUACCUUAUCUCGUAAGGUUUCGAUCCCUGGCUGGAGCAAUAUCAACGCUAAACAUAUUAGUCAUACUCCACAUCGGCAAUCCAAUCUCAGGAAUGCAGCCAACGGUAUCCUACAAAAUGCUGCAAACGCAUCCUCGAACACUUCAACUUCCCCAUAUUCGGGCGUUAACAAUGGAACGUCUGCUCCAUCGUCAUCCUCACCUUCGGGGUCAGUUGGGACUAAAAUUGUACCUGCUGCAGUAGCCAAUCCAGCACCUUCCAGCUCUUCCUCCUCUACUUCGGAAGAGGCGUCAGCGGCUGAGAAACAAGCAAAGGCUCAAACGACCUCUACGGGGCUUGUUACGCCCGCUCUCUCAGCUACGACUACGCCCUCACAAUCCACUACAACUGUCACGCCUCUUAUUAAUCAAGAGACAUCUGCUCAGACUCCUGUUGCAAAGACGGAAGCUGAUGUGGAGAUGCAGGAGGAGGAUGAGGAGGAUCAAGAUGACGAGACAGAGUCAGAACUAGAGGAUGAUGACCAGAUAUAUUCCAAGGUUACAGCGGAGCCUCCAAAGUCACUUGUGCGAGAGGCAGUGUAUGCGAAUUUGAAAGUAUUUGAAACCCUCAUGCCGGGCACGGAUCUCAGGUUGAUGCGUGUUGCUGGUGUGGUAGCACCUCCAGAUCCCAACACUAAUGGACGAGGCGUGCUCAUCCAAAAGAAGGUUAUUCCAGCGCUCAACAAUGAUCAACAUGCAGGUUUUGUGAACGCAGCCAUGUUACGACUGGCAGCCAGAACCAUCAUUGGUGAUGGGCAAUUUGAUAUCAAUCAGGAACCGACAACAUUAUACAUUGUCCUUGAGGGCCCAAUGGAAGUUCGAGGAGCUUGGUAA